AUGUAUAUCGUUAUCCUAGACCUGCCACAAAUCGAGGAUACAAAAGUCGUUUCCACGCAGCAGUCUACCAGGACUCGAAAGGCAGAUUUGAUAGGCAAAGGUGGAGUAGAAGGAAUUGACCCGACCUAUGCUCAGUUUCAGAACGUCGUAUUGAAGCUCAAGACUUGGAUGGAUGACAAAGCACCAAUGAGGUGCAAUAUCUGCAAGAAGAAUAUCGAUUCGAGCAAGGACUUGUUCAAUAUUUGUAUGACGCAGGAAUGCUCAUGUUUGACCCAUGUAACGUGUCUGUCAGCUCAUAUGCUGAAGCAAGGCAAAGAGGUUGUUGUGCCCAAGUCUGGAACGUGUCCGGCUUGCAAAUCCACCCAAGACUGGUCUGAUCUUAUGCGUGUCCUAUCACUGCGUAUGAGAGGCGAAAAGGAACUUAACAGGUUGCUCAAGCAGAAACGAAAGAGUGCUGCCGCAAUAGCUGCCGAGCUUCUGGACGACGAGGACAUGACAGAGUCAGAAGACGACGUUGAUGAGGGCAUGAAUGAGGCAGACCUUGACAGCGAUGUUGAUGACGCAGCCUCUGUCACCAUGGAAGAUCCAGGUUCCGCCAAACUGCCCUCACCUCGAUCAGCUGCAGUUCAAUGGAUUUCAGAUAUGCUCGAAGUGGUAAUCGAGGACAGCGAGGAUGAAGCUCCUGUUCUUCUCACGACUUCGAAAGGUUAG